UAUUGCAGAACAACAAAAGAAAUACAGCUCUUUAGUUACAACGAGUGAUGCAGAGGCAGUGCAUGAUAUUUGCAGAGAUGGUGUCGUUGUUGAUUUAGAUUUACGAGAACAAGAAAAAUCACUAAGUCAGGAGAACCUGGUUCAAAGAAAUGGACUACCUCAUGACUUGGAAGUAACCCACGUGUAUAGAAAUGGUGACUCUCGGUCAACAAAUCAUUGUGAGAUAUCUGAUGCUGCAACAGUUCAGGAUAUGAAAUCCCAAAAAGUAGUGGCUAAUGGGGUAGCUACCCAAGCUGGUGUUUUACAAUCUGAUCAACGCAUUGGGAGGAGGGGUAGACGCCAAAAAACUUCUAACAAGGUAGUUGGACCUUCUGAGAGCACCGGCAAGGAGAGAGAAUCUGAAACUCUGCGUAGCAAUGGUGAUGUGGAAACAAAGACAUUAAGACAACUACAAGCUGAAGAGGAUGAAGAAGAAAAGUUUCAAGCAGACCUUAAAAAGGCAGUGCGUCAAAGCCUUGGUAGUUUCCCAACCAUCCCUGCUUAUUUAUUAUAUCAACCUUUGGGAUUGUUUGCAAGUGUCCAUUCUUGUCUAUUGUCUGACUCAGCCUUCUCUCCAUCUCAGGACACGUUCUUUUAUUUUAGAUGUCAA